AGAGCUGGCCAUGGAAGAAGAGGAGCAGGCCAACGAGGAAGUGGAAUUCAAAUCAGAGGAGGAAGAGGUGCAGGCCAACAAGGGAGAGGACAAGGUCCAGGAGGGAGAGGAUAAGGUCCAGGAGGGAGAGCAAGACAACCUCGCACCAUCAUUAUGGACGAGAUGCGAGCAACAGUCAUUGACCAUGUCAUUGUCCAUGGCAUGACAAUGGCUGAAGCAGGACUAAGAGUCCGUCCAAACCUGAGUAGGUUCACCGUGGCCACCAUUAUCACGGCAUUCAGACAACACAACAGAGUUGAAAGAAUGCCACAUAGAGGUGGGAGGGUUGCCAUAUUUACAGCGGCACAAGAAACCCUCAUUGUGGAUAUGGUUCAUGAGAACAACCUCAUCAGACUCCGGGAGAUCAGAGACAAAGUCAUUGCCGAUAAUGUUAACUUUGAGAGCAUUGAUGACGUCAGCUUGGCCACAAUAGACCGAGUUCUUCGGCGCCAAAAGAUGCGGAUGAAACAGGUCUGUAGGGUUCCCUUUGAGCGCAACUCUGCGCGACACAAAGACCUACGUUACGAGUAUGUGCAAAGGAUAUUACAGUUGGACGCGAUGGCCAGACCUCAUGAGUACCUCUUCCUGGAUGAGGCUGGCUUCAACCUGCAGAAACGAAGGCAAAGAGGCCGUAACAUCAUUGGCCAAAGAGCCAUCACUGAGGUUCCUGGCCAACGGGGGCGUAAUACUACUCUUUGUGCGGCCAUGGGUUCGGAGGGGCUUGUCCACCGGCAUGCUGUCCUUGGGUCUUACAACACCCAACGUCUCCUCACCUUCCUAGAGGAGCUAAGAGACAUCCUCCUGGACUGCCAACAACACCAUCCUGGGCCCGCACAUCCCAUUUAUGUGAUCAUUUGGGACAAUGUCCGCUUCCACAGAACAAACCAAAUCAGAGAGUGGUUCACCACCAACAGUAACCAGUUUUUAAACGUCUGUCUGCCACCCUACUCCCCUUUCCUGAACCCUAUAGAGGAGUUCUUCUCAUCGUGGAGAUGGAAGGUUUAUGACAGACAACCAUACACUAGAGAGAACCUCCUAAGGGCAAUGGAGCUGGCCUGUGGUGACAUCCCAGUGGAGGCCUUCCAAGGAUGGAUGCGCCAUUCCAGGGCGUUUUUCCCGUGGUGCCUGGCAAGAGAGAAUAUAGCCUGCGAUGUGGAUGAGGUGAUGUGGCCCGAUGCAGCUCAGCGACAUGAUGCCGCACAGUGAUUGUGGUGUGUGUGGUGUGAAUAAAGUAAAUAAAAAAACUUCACACCCUGAACAUGUUUUCAAGAGUACUGUUGUGUGCAAUAGAUUCUGUUUUUGCAUUGAGUUGUGUUACAGUAGUGUACAUGCAGUAUUUUCUAUAGAUUUAUACUCUUCAUAUGAAACUCACAAAUCUAAAUGCCUAAUCCUCUACAGAGAUCUAAGAUCCGUUACUGUAAAGUUUCAAAAAAUAUGCAUUGGCA